CUUCAGUGAAGAGUCUCACCUGCGUGUUUCUGUGAGGAGGAACCUGAGAGACGGUAUCACAUCUCAUCUCUCCUCAUGUAUCAGUGUCGGUAUACACACUGAUCCCCACACACUCCAUCCACACACACACUGAUCCCCACAGCUCUUCUGUAAAACACCAACAACUUCUAGAACCUGCAGGUUUAUGUUGUUUUGUUUAAGAAUUUGUCCAGUUUGUUCGGUAAAGAUACAUGCUGAAACAUGCAGCAGCAAACAGUACCAGCGAGCACAGAGCCAGAUCUGCCAGUACAAUACAAAAAGCGACGUCGGACAGCGCUGUGGUGCACCGUGGUUUUGCUCGCUCUGUCCAUCAUCGUGUUGUUAAUUGGGCUCCUGUCUGCCACUCGUACUAGCAACGUGGCAGUGGCUGGGUACUACUCAGGCAUCAUACUGAGCUUUGGAGCGUUCCUGGGUAUUGUUGGGCUUAAUGUGGUGGAGAAUCGCAAACCAAUGUUGGUCGCCUCUAUUAUUUUCAUCAGUCUGGGUGUAAUCGCCUGUUUCUUGUGUGCCAUCGUGGAUGGCAUAAUUGCUGCUCAGUUUCUUGACAGAAGACCUUUAAUGGAGGGAAGGUGUGAGUUUUAUGCCAGCAGUACAGGCUAUGCGUACGACAACUACUACACUGAGGUUGUGUGUCAGUCCUAUAACAGUGAGUGUAAGAUGAAGGUGAAGAGCAACACCUGCUACUGUUGUGAUUUAUACAGCUGUGAGGGCUCAGGUUACCACACACAUUACUUUGAGUUUACGGGAGUGAGUGGCUGCUGGGAUGUGAUUCACCUGCACAGGCUGCUCUGGUCCUGUGUGGUGCUUAACGUACUGGGUGUUUUCUUGGGCAUCGUCACCGCAGCCAUACUGGGAGCCUUUAAGGAUCUGGUUCCAGCUGUUCAGAACCAGACGUCUCCCAGACCAGCUGCUCCACCACACAUCCUCUAUAACCCCACCCAGCAUAUGCUUUCAUAUGCCGGCUUCUGCCCAUCUGGACAAGCCCUGCCCGCUUACCCUAAUUACCCAGCGCCCAUGCAGCAUCUGAACAGUUACCCAGCAGUCAACACGUCUCAGCCGAACCAUGACAUGGCCGCGUCCCCAUCAGAGGAAAGCCAGCCUGUCGUUCAACCCAGCAACACCAACCAGUCCGUUUCAUCCCAGUCAGCGGACGCUUCGGGCUACAUGCUCACUCCUAACGCGCCCUCGCUCUACGCCGACUCAUCAGGGCCGUUUGAGAAGCCUCCACCUUACGCCUGCUGAGUCAUGAACGGCACGAAGCAAUUCGGUCAUGACGUGUGGAAUGUUUUAGUGAGAUUAGUUUCAAUGAACAUGUAACAUACAUAUAUAUAAUUAAAUAAGUGGGGGAUAAAAAUCCUAAUUUAUCCUGAUCGAUCCUGAUUUUAGAUAUGAUUUUUUAAUACAUAUAUUUUUUUUAUACAUUUUCUCCACUUUUUCUCCCUUUUAGCAAGUCCAAUUGCCCGAUUGCAUCAUGCUUCCUUUCUAGCAAUGCCGAUCCCUGCUCUGAUCGAAGAGCUAACUGACACGUGGGCAGCAGCCGUAUGCAUCUUAUCACCUACACUUUGACGAGUGCAGUGCAGCUCGGCUAUGUGUACAGAGAGACAUACCCUAAGAGCACUCUUCCCGUCUCUGUACAGGCGCCAUCAAUCAGCCAGCAGAGGUCAUAAUUGCAUUAGUUAUGAGAAAGACCCUAUCCGGCUUAGCCCCGCCCAUAUGAACAACAGGCCGAUUGCUGUUCAUGUAGCUGCUCAGCCACAGCCGGCAGGCAGAGCUGAGACUCGAUACGAUGUAUUUGAGAUCCCAGCUCUGGUUCCAGUGUGUUUUUACCACUGUGCCACCUGAGUGGCAUUUUAGAUAUGAUUUAAGGAGGUUUGAUCCAUCUGCUCAGUUUAGAUCAUAACUCUAUAUUUUUUUCUAAAUUUUUUGUUGCUAUUGGGACAGCAUUAAUUAAAUAAAUUCCUUUCAGUAGCUCCUGUAUUUAGGAGCCACCACAUCUAAUCGUUCAUCUGCAUUUUUGAUUUAGCAGGUUUUAUGCUGGAGUCCCCUUCCUAAUGUAACCCCCCUAUUUAUCCGGGCUUGGGACCUGUGCUAAAGGUGCACUUAUGUGCCCACAAUGGCUAGGUUCUGUAUCUGUGAGCCCUAGAUUCUAGCACCAUGAUGAUCAAAUAUCUACUCUGCAGAGCCAUGAAGAACAGAGAGCAGUUUUAUAACAGCUGUUUUUAUUUAGUUUUUGUUGUAUUUUUAAACAGUGCAUACAGUCUCUAGCUGGACAAAGGAGACCAAACAUUUUCUCAGUGCUGACCGCACCAAGGAUCGAUGUUAUGAACGACGGUUACAAAAACAAGAUUUCAUAUACAACACAGGAGAUUAAAACAAACAGGAGUGACAGAACCCAAAUUUAUAACAAAACCGUCGGGACUUUGAGCACCUACUCGGCCUUUUGGUGACCUGAAGGCCUUUUGUUAUUCACCAAAUGAAAGGUAGCGAAUGUUUCUCCUUUGUUCUGUCUAAAAAGCAUUGUACAGUCGUAUUUACAAUAUGUUACAAGAGCGCGCUCGUUCUCAGUAGCUCGUGAUGUGGCGCAGUGCUAGUUCAGGUGUUUAACACUAGUACACACACCUUCCCUGUGUCUCAGUGAGUAUAAUAGAAAUAUACAAGUUACAGUGUCUGUGUGAUUACGUAUACAUUGCUUACAGUCGGAGGCGAACGUGUGCAGCAGAAUGUCGGCGCAAACUGUCAAAAAUAAAAACUCAGGUUUGGUUUUA